CGGGGUGGGUCUCCUGCCUAAGUGGUAUGCGACGCGCUAUCUCAUUGGUUUGCGUCUAGCCAAUCAGAGUCGAGGCCAUUCGGAGUUACGCUCGCACUAAAGACAGAGCUCAGUCGUGCUUCAUCCAUCGUUUGGUGGAAGUCAAGGACACGUAGUUUCCCGUACUUGUGUGACUCGAACUGCAGAACAGUUUAGCAAAUGAUUUUUUUUUUUUUUUUGAAAUGUGGAUAUAGUUCAUACAGUUACAAAAGCAAUAACCUGCACGAUGUCGAGAGCAGCCGUAGCCCGAUCUCCGACAACAGACAGACUUCAUUCCUUGCAUGACAAGAGUCACAUUUCCAAGUCGCGAGGUUUAAACGAAAAUAUAUUGUGGAGGAAACCUGGCAACAUCUCGGAAAUCCUAAGAGACCAUGCCUUGUCUGGAAAGCCGAAAAAUUUUGUCCGAAUUUCAGGAAAACCAACGACAUUUACUCACUCGUCAUGGAAGCCGAUUAAUAACUCACACACGUUAUGGGAGUCAAGGAAUUCUACCCACACGCCAUGGGAGUCCCACAAUUCAAAGAAACUGCGAAACUUCACCGACACGCCAUGGAAUUCGACAAACAAUCCUCAAACGUUAUGGGAACCGAGAAACUCUGCCCACCCACCAUGGGAGUCCCACACCUCAGGAAAACCAAGAAGCUAUACCCUCACGUCAUGGGAGCCGAUUAGCGUCACAUCCACGCCAGGGAAGCCGGAAAAUUCUACUCACUUGUCAGGGAAGUCAAGAAGGAUCCCUGAUUUAAUUCCCCUUAAAACCCCAACGAAGGAAAGAGACCAACGGAAGGAAGACCGUGCUAGCAGUCAGGAAGUUAGACAUCCAUCUAAGAGAAGAAAUAGUCUUGGUUAUGGUGAAAAGUACCAACAAGAAAGUUUACACCCAGUAAAGAACACAGAGCAAACAGGAAAAGCGAAAGUUAGACUGGAUGCUAUGUUUGAAAAGGAAAAUCAUAACAGAAAGUGUAUCAAUGAGUCCACAGGCACACCCACUUCAGUUAUAGCUAGAGAUCUAGGGAAAAAAGGAAAGUUGUCUCUGAACAAGAGUUCCAUGUUUCUGAAAUGCUAUACAUGUGGGAAGCGCGUGAAAGAUAUAUACUUUGAGGAGCAUCUAUUUUUUGGGGAGAGUGAGUGCACUCAGUGCAAUUGGAAGAUAUCCAGCUGUGAAGCCUUCAGAGAAAAUAAGAUCGAUCAAAUAAUGGGUAACUCAACAUGUCUACAUACUUUGACAUAUUGUAUGACACCUUCAGAGUAUAUUGUAAACAAUUUAUCACAAGAAUCACCUCAUGAAUUGGACAGAAGUAAAUUGACUUCUUAUGUAUACUCUCUAAAGCGAUUGGAAGGAUCUGAUCCAUGGAAAAAAGCAAUUGAUCAGUGUGUAAAGUUUGUGGAAGGAGAGACCUCUCAACCAAGUGAGGCAAAUGAAGAUCACUUGCAUGCAUCAAAAUCAGAAGCUGUCUUUCGUGUUCCAUCAAGCAAACAUGAAGUUAAGAACUCGCCUUCACUUGCAUAUGAAGAUGGUGACUUAAUCCUUUCUCAAUCAUAUGAUAUUAAACAUUUAAAUGAUGCAGUUCAAUUUGAAGUAGCCAGGGAUUACCCAGAGGUGACGAUGGAAAGAUCACCCGAAAUGGUUACUGAAUAUAGUACUAGCAGCCUACCACAUCGUCAAACUAAUGCUGAUACUUGUAGUGGCAGUCUCGUCAGUGACGUGGCUUCCCAAAGUACAAAUUUGUCAGACGUGGAUGAAGUAGUUGGCGGUUUGAGUGGUGCUGAAAAAAGGAUCAUAGAGACCCCAUCAAAUGGGCAUUAUCUCAUUGUCCGCCAUGCAAUUGAGGAGUGUCCUAUGUGUUAUACUGAAUUUUGUCCUUCAAGAUUUACUGUGAAUAUAAACACUUUCCUCCUUUCUACAGUGUGCAUUGGUUGCGAUUUGACUGUUUACAUAAUUUUUGAUCCUCCUGAUGGUUCUGCCCCGAAGAUUUUCAUAGAGACAGAAAGCAGCCCUCGUGAGAAACAAAAGAAGAGGAAACCAAGUGCUAAAGAUUUCUUUAAAAGUUAAUCCCAUUCCAUCUAGUCAUACUAAUUUCUUUCUUAAUCUAGUGUUAUUUAUCAUCAUUUGUAAAUAUAUUUUUAUACACUAGCUCGAUAAGUUAUUAUUAAAAAUGUAAAACAGA